ACGCUAUCUGGUGCCGUGGUGGUGCUGGUCACUACAAUCAUGUAGUGGUGGCCGUGCACUUCCUUUCGAAAUCUUUCAUUCUUUGCAUACAGCAGCUGUUACGGUGCCGCAAGUAGAUCAGCAAAGACUUGGAUUCAUCUUUCACCAGUUAGGCAUAAGCCCUAAGCCAAGGCCUGGCGAUUUCAUUGUCAUUGUGGCAGAAAGUGCGUGUGGGAGCAGUGGGUGAGGUGCGUACAAUAGUGACCUCCUUGCUUUCGCCCUGGCCUGAGUCUGACUGCGUCUGCCAAUGCAAGAAGACCCUGUCAGUGUGUUACUUGGAUGUUUUCUGACCAAUCCCGGCCAUGUACCCGCGCAUGCAUGUGUCUAUUCGGGGAGUAUGAAGCUAAACAUUUCCAUGUCAGACGCAGUACCGUAGUCUGUAGCACAGUGUUUACCCGAGUCGGGUCAGUCGUGAUUACAUUUCACCAGGGCAAGUGAUUACAUUUCACCAGGGCAAGUGAUUUAGCAGUUGAACUUGAAACAAUAUGGCCACAUUGUCCGCCCCGACUUCGCCAAGCAAAGGUUUUGGCUUGUCAGGGUUGCAGCAGGCCACUAACUUCCCCGCAGUCCGCAGACGCAGCAGAAAAGAUCGUUUCGUGGCGUUCCUGAGCGGCAGCAGACGCCACUCUCAGCUGCAUGAGCAGCAGCAGCAGCCGGACCGUCAGCAAGGUGAUCUGACGGGUCUACGCGGUCGGUAUUAUGAUGCAGAUGUCACGCUAGAAACGAAGAAGGCAUCAUUGCCCCGUUUCGGCCGCAGUAACACCGAUAGUCAACUUCAGCGCUGGAAUGACCCGCCACCAGCGACAGCAGCAGCCACCGCGGCCAUUGCCACAAGUCAACAGCAACAACAACAACUACAACAAAAAACAGGGCAUGACAUUUCGGGAGACAGCUCAGCUGUCAACGUCGUUAACGCUACGCGGUCAUCAGUUUCAAAGCUUGAAACUGACCACCAGCAGCAGCAGGGGCAUCGGCAGUACCAAGAGCAGGAUCAGCAGGGACAGGAGCUGUGUGAGGCAGAACUCACCAGUGGCAGUAGCGUUACAAACAUCGAUGGCAAGAUGGGGUUAGGUGCAAAGUUCAAACUCAGGCGCAAGUCCUCCAAGAGGCUGGAUGGAGCAGACAGCAAGAGCCAGCGGCAGUCUAUGGUACAAGAUGUGGGUAGUGGUGAGAGACGUGAGUCGGAUGAGCUGCAGUGCAAACCAGCCACUGCAAGCAAUACCAAUCUGAGCACUGGCGCGGUAAGUGCGACAAGCAGUACAGAUCAGCAACUGCAACAUCAAAGCACAGCAGAGACAGAUCUGCAAGCAAAGCACGCUCAACUGGAGCUCAGCGAUAUCUCGCUGAACAGUGGCGACGGUAACAAAGGCCCAUACCACCAACAAGGGCCGCACUCCAAGAUGCGCUUGGUCGGUGACAAGGACCAGCGAAAACCCGGGGGAGCACCAUCAUCAAUGGGUGACAUCACUUCAACGGUUAGCGGAGAGUUGUCACCAAACAAAGAAGUUGGCUUCAAGACCUCAGCAGCGUCCAGGAUACGUCGCAGCCUGCGAUUCCGUCGCAAUACGGUCGGUGGUGGUGGCACUCGCAGUAAAGGCGGAGGUAGCAGUUCAUCCAGUGCUCCCAGUACACCAAAGACAAAAGAUUCGAAACGCACUGGAUCUCUAUCUUCAGCUGGCCCGGGCAGUUACAAUGCACACAGUGGCGCAGAGCCGGGGUACAAUACUAGUGCAACAGGCAGUUCUGACACAGCAGCGGUGACUGGUAAUAACAAACUGCAAAACAGGGACGUAACCAUCUUGCCAGGAACCUUCAGAAAGGUCUCAGGAAUUCGUGAUCCACGGCUUGUGAAUGGUCUGGCUGUAGGUGAUGAUGUGUGUGAUGGAGUAGCCAGUGCCCCAACGUCCCGGUCACACUCCAGAGCUGGCGCAUACGAGAGAACGGUCGACAUACGCCGGCAGUCCGGCAAGCCGUUUGGAUUCAAAUUCAUAUUUGAGCUGCCUCGCAAAGCAUCGUCGGCGAGUCAACUCUAUGGUGAUGAAAUUGACCAUGAACCGAGUGCCUAUGUGACGCACAUUGAACGCAAUACAAUGAUCGAGAGGCAAUGUUUGCUUGAAGUCGGCGAUCGCAUUCUCACUAUAAACGGCGUGUCGGUAUCAUCAGCACGCCGUGCACAGGACCUACGUGAAAUGGUGCAGACGUCAGAUCAGCUAGUUAUGAACGUACGCAGUGCGUGUACCAGCACACCAGUAAGGACUGCAGGUUCUGGUAAGCCGUUGUUACGCGACAACACCCAGCACAGCCUGAGAUCUGAUAGCGGCACACCGUCGGAAUACGAGUACUCGCCACAACCGAGACUGAAGCAUGGCGUAGGUACAGGGUACACUCCGGGUGAGCUGGCGCAGAAGGGAAUGGGAGAUGACCUGAAAGAACAGCUCUCGCAAGCAAUCAGCAGACGCAGCGACGGCGACGGUGGUGAUGGCGGUGGCGGUGACCAAGAAGUGGUAGAGGAUAUCGAUGAUGAUGCGUACAAUACAGCCACACAAGGGACAGGCAAGGAGGUGGGAUCUGAAGCAGAGACGCCAUCAUCCAAAAGCCUAAGCACAGAGCUUACUGAUGAUCCGGCUCCACUGAUUGAAAGCAAACCAGGAACCGAAGGAGAAGCACCCCAGCUUGUAGCUUGCAUGGAUGCGAUAAUGGAGGAUACAUCUCUGACUGAGGAUGCGAGAAAGAAGGCCAUUGCAGAAAAGCUCAGCACACAGCUGGAUCUGCCCUUCUUACUGGAACCAGCAUCGUUCAUGGGAUUUGAAGCAGAGGAGGAGGAUGAUCGGACACCGGCGGAUCCAGUGAAAGCACGCUGCAGUCUGUCAGAGCGUAUGGCUCAUUCAGUGCUAUCCUUGCUGAGCAGUGAAGACGAUGAUGAGAUAUUUGCUGAGGUUCACGGUGAUGCCGUCUUGUCCGAUGCACGACGAGGUCGAGCAACAACUACAACACAGCAGCAGCGACGUGACAACCAACAGCAACAGUCAGUAGCACCCGUGGAUGGAUUCAUGUUGGUGCGUCUGCUAGACGGCAGUGGAUUCACAUCAGCUGAUUCAUCACACCUGUACUGUGUGUUAGACAUUGGUGGGAAUAACACAGCGGCUCGCUCCUCCUCACUGCAGGCAGCAGGUGGCAACACAGUCAACUGGGACGAGGACUUUGACAUCAAUCUGGAGUGCACUCGUCAGCUGGUUAUAUCGGUGUAUGCCAUCUCCCCAGGCAAGGAUAUACUGCGUGCACAAACUGCACUGCACCUGCAGCCAUUGUUCAGCAGUGCUCGAUUACGUCGAUUGCGACUGCUACUACCUACGGGUGGCAUACUGCGGCUGAAGCUGGCAUACGCCGACAGGACUGCUCUGCUGCGACGCCUGCCAUCCGCCUCGCAGUUUGGUACGUUUGGCAUGAAGCUGGGUCAAGUGGUGAUGAGAGAGCGUGUUACAGUGCCUCUGAUCGUUCAAAAAUGCAUCUACGAGAUUGACCGGCGUGGCUUACGACAUGUAGGCCUCUACAGAGUAAAUGGGUCUUCCAAGAAGAAGCGGGCACUGCGCCAAAGCUUCGAAGCUAACAGCCGCACAGCUAUGCUGAGCGAAGAGCAUGUACCAGAUGUCAACGUGAUCGUUGGACUGUUGAAAGAGUAUCUUCGUGAGCUCCCGGAGCCUCUGCUCACACAUGCACUCUACAGUGACCUGAUUGACGCCGUCAAGCCACCCGACAAGCAACAAGACUACUUGCCAGAGGAGGAGAUUCGACGGCGCAAGAGGCUCUUAUCCGUACUGGCACGGCUACCACAAGCGGAGAUGGACACAUGCCGUAUGCUCUUCUCACAUCUGCACCGUGUGCUGCAGAACUCAGCGCACAACCAGAUGACAGCUCACAACCUUGCUAUCUGUCUGGGACCUGUGCUGAUGAUGCCCUCGCCGCAGAGUCCCAAGAAAGUGCCGCAACUAGUGGCAAGCGAUGUCAACGCGCAGAUCGGUGUCAUAUUCCACAUCCUGAUAUUCAACUGGCCGGACAAUAUGGAUUAGCGAGAUCAGCUGGGUUCGAGGUUAGCUCAAUCCGAGCAUGAACAUAUUUGAAGUACUAGAGAGGUUUUGUGUACCGGUCACAAUACUGGUUUUGUGUACACUGGCAGUCACAAUACUGGUUCGAUUGCAUGUGCAUGCUGCAUAGAUAGGAGACAGUAGUGAUGACUGCAGGCAAUCAUCAGACUAUGGAACAAGUCAUUGCAUCAUCAGUGACUGCACCAUGUUCAGUGUCUCCAGAUGAGCUAACAGAAACACCAAAGAUCAGUGCAGAUUUGAAGUAUCCUUGAUGUCUUGAUCUGCUCAGUGCUGUGAUGCUGACUGUGUCAUAAUCUAACAUGAUUUCAAUGAAAGUGUGCGUUACUAUUUCCUUUAUCUUGAGUUGUGCAAUAUCAGUCUACAUGCCAACAUCAUCAGAGCAGAUCAGAAAUCUUAUUCUAUUUCUAUUUCUUUGAGCGGCAAUGUGCAAUGCACUGUUGUAUUCUCCUCAGUAAUCAUAUCCAUAAGUUUGAGGGAUUGAAAAAGGACGUCUGAUUCAUAAUUCCACUUCAUUAUUCUUUACUGCCAUGACUGGCUAACUGUUAUCACCCU